AGUCCCUAUCCCUAUCCCCAAAUAAAUUAGAAUUCCUUGUAAACAAACAAGGGAUAAGAGUAUAAAGGGAUAAAAUAUCCUUAUCCCCACCCUUUAUCCCUCAUACCAAACGAGCCCUUAGUGCAUUAAACCCAUAACUUUUUACUCCGUAGUUAGAAGGUGGAAUCAUUUGCAGUAGUUCAAAGCAUUGCUCGGUGGUAUAACGGUAUGCGUAAUAAACAUGACAAUACUAUCAAACUUCUUGUAGACUUGUAGUCAUUUGUUGUAACGACUUUUGGCGGGUAAAAAACAGUUUCGUUUUCCUUCAAAAUUAGAAGCAUUGAAAACUUGCUCCUGAAUUUGUAAACCCACAAAUGAACGAAGCUUCUUCUUUUGCAAUCUCUCUCCUACAAAAAUGCAGCACUAUAACUUCACUUAGGAGAGCCCAGAAGCUUCAUGCCCUCAUCUUAACAUCCUCUACAGCUUUCACUUACCACAAGCCAUUCCUCCAUAACAACCUCCUCUCCAUGUAUGCCAAAUGUGGUUCUCUCUUUCAUGCCCACCUGGUGUUUGACAAAAUGCCUCAAAGAAACUUCAUUUCUUAUAAUUCCAUCAUUUCGGCCUUUGCCCGGUUUCCUGAUUCAGGGUCUUAUGCGUUUGGAUUGUUUUCCCAGAUGAGGUAUCAGUAUUUUACACCAAAUGGGGCAACUUUUAUUAGUCUGUUGCAGUCGGCUUCUGUUGCUCGAAACCGGUACCAUGGAUUAGCUCUUCAUUGCCUAAUUAUCAAGUUUGGUCAGUUGUUUGAUGUUCAGGUUCAGACUGCUCUUAUUUGUCUCUUUUCUAAUUUUGGGGAUCUGAAUUCUGUGAAUCGAGUGUUUGAAAAUGUAGUAGUAAAAGAUGAAUAUUCCUGGAAUUGUAUUAUAUCAGGGUAUGUAAAAAAUAAUAGGAUGGCAGAAGGCCUAUGUCUAUUCAGAAAAAUGCUGAGGAGUGGAGCAAUCCCAACAGAGUUUACAUUUUCAAUGGUACUGAAUGCUUGUGCUAGAUUGAGCGAUAAUUCUUUUGGUCAACUUGCUCAUGGACAAGUUAUUUUGACUGGAGUGUUCCUAGAUUUGCCUUUGCAGAAUGCAUUGGUUGACAUGUACUCUAGCUGUGGUGAUACUCAAUCUGCAUUGCAUGUAUUUGAAGGAAUUCAGAAUCCGGAUCUUGUGUCAUGGAACUCGAUGAUGGCAGGAUAUUCAGAGAAAGGGGAAGGCGAGAAAGCUAUGGAACUGUUUGUUCAACUGCAACAUUGUGCUGCUCAAAAACCAGAUGAAUAUACUUUUGCAGCUUUGAUCUCUGCCAUUCAAGAGUGUCCAGCUUCACACUAUGGGGAACCCCUCCAUGCAAAGGUGAUUGUAUGUGGAUUAGAUAAGAGUGUAUUUGUUGGAAGUCCACUGAUUUCCAUGUAUUUUGGACAUGGAAAAAUCGAAUCUGCUGAAGGAGUUUUCAGAACAAUCUCAAAAAAAGAUGUGAUUCUGUGGACUGAAAUGAUAUCUGGCUACUCUAAAGUAGAAGAUUGUGAGAAUGCAAUCAGAUUCUUUUAUGAUAUGUGGAAACAAGGUCAUAAAAUUGAUGACUUUGCUCUAAGUAGUGCUUUGAGUGCAUGUGCUGAUCUUGCGACUUUGCAUCAAGGUGAAAUGCUUCAUUCUCUGGCUAUAAAAUCUGGGUGUGAUUCUGAGAUGGCAGUAUGUGCAAGUCUAAUUAAUUCAUAUGCCAAGAAUGGUGACCUUCAAGCUGCCAAAUUGAUAUUUUCUGAGGUCAAAUACCCUGACUUGAAGUGUUGGAACUCGAUGAUUGGUGGCUUCAGUCACCAUGGAAAGGCUGAGGAAGCAAUAAGACUGUUUGAGAAGAUUCUAGAUCAUUCUUUGGUACCAGAUCAAGUAACAUUUAUUUCACUACUUUCUGCUUGCAGCCACUGUGGUUUAAUUGAGAGGGGCAAACAAUUGUGGAGUUACAUGAAGGAAAAGGGAGUUUACCCGGGGCUUAAGCACUAUGCGUGCAUGGUAAGUUUGCUCAGUCGAGCAGGGCUGCUAGAAGAGGCGGUGGAAAUCAUUCAUGAGUCAGAAUUUAGUAAGAACCAUCUUGUAUUAUGGAGAAGUGUGCUGAGUUCAGCUGUUUAUAACAAAAAUUUGUCCAUGGGACUUCAUGCUGCGGGGAAAAUGUUAGAGCUUAAUGAACAAGAUAAUGCAACUCAUACAUUGCUUUCAAAUCUAUAUGCUUCUGUUGGGAGUUGGGAUGGUGUCAUGGAUGUAAGGAAAAGGAUAAGAGGACUCAAGUUGGAAAAGGAUCCAGGACUAAGCUGGGUUGAAACAGUGAAAAGCUUGGAAGUAUUCUCAUCUGGUGAUCAAUCACACCUGAGGAUUGAAGAAGUAAAAGCUCAGCUGCAGAUACUACAAGGAAAUAUGAUUUUACGGCAAGAUAUUAAUGACAUAUAAUGUACAAUGACAUAUUAUUGCUGAGUUUCGGGUAUCCAAGGAGCCAGAGGGCUAAAUGGACCUGUGUUGCAGAUACAGUAGUUUGAUUUGGCAAAACCGGAAAUUAAAUCCAGAGUAUGCAGCUAAUCAACGGCGUUCUUACUUGGAACUCAUUGUGGGACACAGUCUGGAUAUGAUAGUCUUAAGACAAUUUUGUUGAUCUGGUAUAGCGGAGUCAGCAUCUGGUGAUUCUGUUCUAUGUACGUCAGCAUCUGGUGAUUCUGUCUUACCUUCAAAUCCUGGCAUAGGAAUGCUAACUCAUCACUGAGAAGUGAGAAAUAUGAGAAAUUCUGUACAAUUAGCUGCUUAUGGAGCCAUGUUUUCCAGUUAACAUUUAAGAGUUGCUCCUAUUCCAGAAAAUCUGGAAUCUGAGAAGAAAUAACAGUCCCUGCAGCUGAUCUCUGAUUCUUUUGGUAUAAAGUCUUAAUGCAGACAGACUUUUGUUUUCAUAAUUUCAAUACGUAGAAGUGUAGAACCCCCCAGUCCCCUGUUUUUCAUUCUCUAAGACAUGGAAAGUACAGAGUGAAUUCUGCAAAAAUCUGGUCCUUAUUGAUUUGUUAAAUACACAAUAGAAUUCAAU